AUGUCGCCAAGCAAAAAUAUCCUGCUCAUGAUAGCCGAUGACCUCGGUCGUGAGCAAGUGGGCUGCUAUGGUGGUCAGAGUCAACUCACCCCAAACCUAGAUGGUCUCGCGGUAUCUGGGUCCAAGUUCGAUAGGGCUUUUGCAAGCACAGCGUCGUGCAGUGGAAGUAGGACUGUCAUCUACACUGGCCUACACACACAUGAAACUGGUAGUUACGGCCUGACCCAUGGCAACAACGGUUUCAGAACAUUUGACAACGUCGAGUCUGCGCCAUUACUCUUUAACAAGAUCGGCUACAAGACUGGUAUUCUCGGAAAAGUCCAUGUCAGUCCGGAUAAUCUAUAUCCUUGGCAAACCAGGCUGGAAAGCGAGUCGAGGAAUGUAGCAGCGAUCGCAGAUGAGGCCGAUACCUUCUUCCAAACCUCGAGAACGGAGGACAAGCCUUUCUUCCUUACUAUAGGCUUUGUUGACCCUCAUCGGCAACUAGACACACGCGGCGGCUUUGGUAACGUCGAGGAUAACUACGACCCCCGUCUAAAUGACAAGAUCUUCAAACCCGAAGAUGUCACUGUUCCCUCAUUUCUGAGCGACAUCCCCGAAGUUCGUGAGGAGCUCGCCGAGUACUACAGAUCGAUACACCGAAUGGACCAAGGUGUGGGUAUGAUCCUCGAGGCUCUGGAGAGAAAUGGUCUGUCUGACAAUACUCUGGUUCUGUUCUUGAGUGACAAUGGUCCGCCGUUUGUCAACUCAAAAACAACGCUAUUUGAAGCAGGCGUUAGACUGCCCUUCUUGAUGCGUGCGCCGGGCUUUACAACUGGGAACACGAACCCCAACCUCGUCUCAUACGUCGACAUUCUCCCAACAUUCCUUGACUGGGCCGGUCAUGCCAACAUGUCUUCACAAGAUGGCUUUGUACAACGAAAAGGAAGGUCAAUCCUCCCAAUUGCGAGAUUUUCACAGCCUCAACCAGGAUGGGAUCGUGUCUUUGGUUCCCACACUUUCCACGAAAUCACAAACUACUGGCCCACAAGAUUUAUGCGAAACCACCGCUUCAAAUAUCACCGCAACAUAUGCUGGAAGCUGGACUUUCCAUUUGCUAUGGAUCUCUACGCGUCGCGCUCAUGGGAAGGCAUGCGCAAUGCGAGCGGCGACAAAGAACCCAUGAUUGGGCCCCGACGGCUUCGAGAUUAUAUCUGUCGUCCACCGGAAGAGCUGUUCGACCUCGAGAAUGAUCCCUGCGAAGUCAUAAAUCUUGCAGGUGAUCCAGAGUUUGCUGAAGUGCUCAAGUCAAUGCGCGAUGAAUUGGAAGUUUGGCAGAAGUCUACUGGUGAUUUAUGGCUCUGGAGAGAUGGUGCGCCUGUUGUCAGGUAUUUGUCUUCGAAUUAUGCCAGGGAAGGUCUCAAGAUACCUGAUCGGUUCGACUUUGAUGCCAACAGGCCUCACACUGAUUCGGCACCUCAAUACGACUUGCUUUGA